GCCAAAAAACGAGAAAGGAACGUACGUUCUCCAAUUAAUCGUCCUCGUACGUUGCACGAGAGAGCACAGAAAUCCGGAACCCAGAGUAAAAACAGAGCAAUGCAUCCUCUCGCCGCGCGAACGCAGCUGCUACUGUUCCCGGCGCCCCACCCGACGAUCCCCAACCACCGCGCCUGCCUCCUCGCAACGCCGGUGCCGCCGUCGACUCUGCUCCGGCUGCUCCGGACGACGGCGACGCCACCAGCAGGAGCGAGAUCGCCGCCAAGAGCCGUCUCCCCCACCACCACCACCGUUGCCACGGACGACGGGUCCACGCAGUCAGAUAGUGGCGCUAACACGAGCGGCAGCAAGUGGGCGGAGUUCGCGGCGCGGGUGUCGGGGGAGUGGGACGGCUACGGGGCCGACUUCACCGUGUCCGGCGACCCAUUAGAGCUCCCGGCCAACGUCGUCCCGGAGGCCUUCCGCGAGUGGGGAGUCGAGGUGUUCGACUGGCAAACCCAGUGCCCGACGCUAGCCGACCCGGCUACCCCGUGCGCGCUGCACUACCGCCUCGUCCGCCUGCUCCCCACCGUCGGCUGCGAGGCCGACGCCGCCACCGUCUACACCUCCCACCAGCGCCACGCCUCCUCCGCCUCCGCCUUCGCCUACGGGGGUUCUUCUUCUUCCUCCUACGUGGCGGCCUGGCCCAAGGGCCCAGCCACCGUGCUGGAGAUCGAGCACUGCGUGGUGCACCCGGAGAUUGGGGAUGAUGAAGUGGUGAGGAGGGCCAGGAUCGUGCAGACGGUGGCGCUGGCGAGUAAAGCGCCUGGCGCCGUGCUGCGCGGGGUCAAGGUGUUCUCCGAGCAGUGGUACGGCCCGUUCCGUAACGGGGAUCAGCUCGGCGGCUGCGCGCUCCGGGAGGCCGCGUUCGCUGCCGGGGAGAGGCUCGCCAAGUCGGAGGUGGUCGGGUCGUGGGAGAGCUCCCAGGCCUCCGCCGCGAAGUUCUCCGGAACGGGGAAGUUUGCUGGUUUGGAGCCGGACGAGCCGCGGAGAACGGCGAGGGACGAGGCCGGCCUCGGCGUGCUGACGCUGCUGCCGAAGCAGCUGUGGAGCUCGUUCAAGGUGGACGAGGAAGCCGGCGAGGUGGUGUGCGAGGUCGGGUGGGUGCUGGGCCAAGGCCGGGCGUUGACGUCCAGGUGUAUCCUGUCCAAAGACGGAGACGUCAAGGAGAUAGCUGCAGCUUGCGAGUCCCGGGUGUCGGAGGGCACCUGACCUGACCGCAGGACCACCAGGAGCUUCCUUUAGGUUUCGUCAGAUCUGUACAUACAUACAUACGUCUAGAAUAGCCAUACUCGGUACAUACUGUCAAUCUGUCAUACAGCAACAAGCAAGUGAUCUACUGAGCAAACUGGUCUCACCAAAAGCA